UACACCAGCCAAUCCGCUUCCGUUCUCGCACACCCUCCCUCCCUCUCUUUCUCUCAUAGCCUACAAGCUCCUCCAUUUCCAGCGACUUUCUUCUGUUAAAUCUAUUCCCCUCAUCUUUACGCAGCUAACGCCCAUCAGGGAGCAAGUAGCUUAUGUGAGGAGAGGGAUCUCGCAAUCCGAUGGCUGGGGCAGCAGGAGGUUUUGUUUCUCGCUCCUUCGAGUCCAUGCUCAAGGAGUGCUCUGGAAAGAAGUACGGGGCACUUCAGAAAGCUAUUCAGACCUAUUUAGAUAAUUCAAAAGAGACCAAUCAGCAAUCGGUUCCAAGUGAGAAAAAUGAAGCAGCAACUGCGGCUGGAGAUGAUAGCAUCAACAAUGACGGGGCUGAAGCAGUCAAAGACGGAGCCACUUCAGAUGGUUCACACCCUGUUGCCACUACUACAGAUGGAGCAAACAGUAUGGAUAAAUCAGUAGGCAUGACUGGAUCCCUCGCAGCAGCCUUAGCAAGUGCGGGGAACACCGUAGAAGGGUCUGAGGCAGAGGUGGUUUUACAGCCUCUCCGACUUGCCUUCGAGACAAAGAAUUUAAAGCUUGUAGAGCCUGCUCUUGACUGUCUCCAUAAACUCAUUGCAUAUGACCAUUUAGAAGGCGAUCCUGGUCUUGAUGGUGGCAAAAGUGCUCCGCUAUUUACUGACAUUCUCAACAUGGUCUGUGGCUGCGUUGAUAAUUCAUCAUCGGACAGUACUAUUUUGCAAGUGCUGAAGGUGCUUCUUACUGCUGUAGCAUCGACAAAGUUCAGGGUACAUGGCGAACCAUUGCUUGGAGUGAUUAGGAUAUGCUACAACAUUGCACUUAACAGCAAGAGCCCUGUAAAUCAGGCAACAUCAAAGGCAAUGUUGACCCAAAUGAUCAGCAUCAUAUUUAGACGAAUGGAGUCUGACCAGGUCAUUCAGACUUCUGUUCCAUCUUCUUGUAGCCCUGCACAAAUGGAUAUCCCUUCAGGGGAACACUUAAACUCAAAAGAUGGUGAAAUUUCAUUGGAUGACUCAGAAGAGAAGAAAAUUACACUAGGAGAUGCACUGUCCAUGAACCGGGGGAAGGAUACAUCUCUUGCAUCUGUUGAGGAACUCCAGAAUCUGGCAGGAGGUGCAGAUAUCAAGGGCUUAGAAGCUGUUCUUGACAAGGCCGUGCAUCUCGAGGAUGGAAAGAAGAUAUCAAGAGGGCUUGAUCUUGAGAGCAUGAGUAUAGGUCAACGUGAUGCUUUGCUGCUAUUCCGCACCCUCUGCAAGAUGGGUAUGAAGGAAGAAAACGAUGAGGUUACCACCAAGACGAGACUUUUAUCUCUUGAACUUUUACAGGGUUUGUUGGAAGGUGUGAGCCACUCCUUUACCAAGAACUUCCAUUUUAUUGAUUCAGUGAAAGCCUAUCUUUCUUAUGCUUUGUUGCGGGCAUCAGUAUCUUCAUCGCCAGCUGUUUUUCAGUAUGCAACUGGAAUCUUUACAGUUCUUUUACUGCGAUUUAGGGAGUGUCUUAAGGGUGAAAUUGGAGUCUUCUUCCCCUUGAUAAUUUUACGAUCCUUGGAUAGCUCCGAUAGUCCCCUUAACCAAAGAACAAGCGUUCUCCGGAUGCUUGAGAAAGUGUGCAAGGACCCCCAAAUGCUUGUGGACAUAUUUGUUAACUAUGAUUGUGAUCUUGAGGCACCAAACCUGUUUGAACGCAUGGUUAAUGCUCUCUCAAGGAUCGCACAAGGGACUUUAAGUGCAGAUCCAAACUCAGCUGCUUUCUCCCAAACUACAUCCAUUAAAGGUUCAUCUCUUCAGUGUCUUGUUAGUGUGUUAAAAUCACUGGCUGAUUGGGAGAAAUCUUGGAGAGAAUCUGAAAAGCAGAGUAGCAGCAGUCAGUCCCUGGAGGUGGAAGUUUCAGAAAGGGAAUCUAUUGCCUUCGAUGAGUCUAAAGGCAAGCAGGACAUGCCUAGUCAGUUUGAGAAGGCUAAGGCUCACAAGUCUACAAUGGAAGCUGCCAUAUCUGAGUUCAACAGGAAGCCAGGAAAGGGUAUAGAGUACUUGAUAUCAAAUAAGUUAGUUGAAAACACCCCUGCUUCAGUGGCCCAGUUCCUGGGGAAUACUCCUAGUUUGGAUAAGGCUAUGAUUGGUGACUACUUGGGUCAACAUGAGGAGUUUCCUCUUGCCAUCAUGCAUGCUUAUGUUGAUUCCAUGAAGUUUUCAGGAUUGAAGUUUGAUGCUGCCAUUCGUGAAUUCCUGAAAGGCUUUCGGCUCCCAGGAGAAGCACAAAAGAUAGACCGGAUCAUGGAAAAGUUUGCCGAGCGCUAUUGUGCUAACAACCCAGGACUUUUCAAGAAUGCAGAUACCGCAUAUGUUCUUGCAUAUGCAGUUAUCAUGUUGAAUACUGAUGCACACAAUCCGAUGGUGUGGCCUAAAAUGUCGAAGUCUGAUUUCAUACGCAUGAACACUGUGAGUGACGCAGAGGAAUGUGCUCCGAAGGAGCUCCUGGAGGAGAUUUAUGAUUCUAUUGUUAAGGAAGAGAUAAAGAUGAAGAAUGAUUUAGCCACUGCAGGUAAAAGCAGCAGACAGAGGGUAGAAACUGAAGAAGGGGGUCGUCUUGUCAGUAUUCUUAAUUUGGCCCUUCCAAGAAGAAAGUCAGCUAUUGAUACAAAGAAAGAGAGUGAAGAUAUUGUUAAGCAGACUCAGGCCUUUUUUAGAAGUCAAGGGGGCAAGAGGGGUGUAUUUUAUACAGCUAGGCAGAUUGAGCUUGUGAGGCCUAUGCUUGAAGCUGUUGGAUGGCCAUUACUUGCAGCAUUCUCUGUUACCAUGGAGGAAGGUGAUAAUAAACCAAGGAUUCUUCUUUGUAUGGAGGGAUUUAGAUCUGGUAUACAUAUUACACGUGUUCUAGGAAUGGACACCAUGCGUUAUGCCUUUUUGACAUCUUUAGUUCGGUUUACAUUUUUGCAUGCUCCAAAGGAGAUGCGCAGUAAAAAUGUAGAGGCACUGAGAACUCUGCUUAUUCUAUGUGAUUCAGAGACAGACUCCCUACAAGAUACUUGGAAUGCCGUCUUAGAAUGCGUGUCUAGGCUAGAAUACAUCACCUCUACACCAGCUAUUGCUGCAACAGUGAUGCAUGGAUCAAAUCAAAUAUCGAGGGAUUCUGUUCUUCAAUCUCUCAGGGAGUUGUCUGGAAAACCAGCUGAACAAGUAUUUGUAAACAGUGUGAAAUUGCCUAGUGAUUCAGUUGUGGAGUUCUUCACAGCUCUCUGCGGUGUAUCUGCUGAAGAACUGAAGCAAACACCUGCACGUGUUUUCAGCUUGCAGAAACUGGUUGAGAUCAGUUACUACAAUAUGGCUCGAAUCCGUAUGGUCUGGGCCAGAAUAUGGUCUGUCUUGUCCAACCAUUUUAUUUCUGCUGGGAGUCACCAUGAUGAAAAAAUUGCUAUGUAUGCCAUUGACUCGUUAAGGCAACUAGGUAUGAAGUAUCUGGAGCGUGCUGAGCUCACCAACUUCACUUUCCAGAAUGACAUUUUGAAACCAUUUGUUAUUCUUAUGCGGAAUAGUCGAAGUGAAUCUAUACGAGGCCUAAUUGUUGACUGCAUCGUUCAGAUGAUAAAAUCAAAGGUUGGAAGCAUAAAAUCGGGCUGGCGAAGUGUGUUUAUGAUCUUUACGGCAGCUGCUGAUGAUGAAUUGGAAUCAAUUGUUGAAAGUGCAUUUGAAAAUGUAGAACAAGUUAUCUUGGAGCACUUUGAUCAGGUUGUUGGAGACUGUUUUAUGGAUUGUGUCAACUGUCUUAUUGGUUUCGCCAAUAAUAAAAGCUCUCCCCGGAUAAGUUUGAAAGCUAUUGCCCUCCUGCGUAUAUGUGAAGAUCGUCUUGCAGAGGGCCUCAUACCAGGUGGUGCUCUAAAACCUGUUGAUGCAGGAACAAAUUUUGAUGUUACCGAGCAUUAUUGGUUUCCAAUGCUUGCGGGCUUGUCGGAUCUAACGUCAGAUCCCAGAUUGGAGGUCAGAAACUGUGCACUUGAGGUGCUAUUCGAUUUAUUGAAUGAGAGAGGUCACAAAUUCUCAUCAGCAUUUUGGGAGAGCAUUUUUCAUCGUGUUCUUUUUCCUAUUUUUGAUCAUGUAAGACAUGCUGGUAAGGAAGGAUUUGUUUCUUCUGGUGAUGAGUGGCUUCGGGAAACAAGCAUUCAUUCACUUCAGUUGCUGUGCAACCUUUUCAACACUUUCUAUAAGGAGGUCUCAUUUAUGCUGCCUCCACUACUUGGGUUGCUGUUGGACUGUGCCAAGAAGACAGACCAAUCUGUGGUCUCAAUUUCUCUGGGUGCUUUGGUACAUCUCAUAGAAGUUGGAGGCCACCAAUUCAGUGACAGUGACUGGGAUACUCUACUGAAAAGCAUACGGGAUGCGUCAUACACAACUCAACCCCUUGAGCUACUCAAUUCUUUGGGUUUUGAUAAUGCAAAGAGCCACGUAGUGCUAAACAAACAUUCAGCUGUCAACAGUGGUGACAGCCCUUCCAUGAAGUCUGGUGACAGUGGGAGGUUGGACAACCGUCGAGUUGACUAUGAGAAUGGAAAAUCCUCUGAUCGGGCAUCCGUAAGUAUUGAGAGUGAAAGCACUGGAAAAAAUAUCAGCGCGUCAAUCUUGCAGGUUGAUGAUCAAGAGGCUGGGUCCCAAACAAACCUAGAAGAAUCUGAAGGUUUGUCAUCACCAUCUGGAAGAGCUCAGACGUCUCCUGGUGCUGAAAGCUUACAGCGAAGUCAAACAUUUGGUCAAAGGAUUAUGGGCAAUAUGAUGGACAACCUCUUGCUAAGAAAUUUCACUUCUAAAUCUAGGAGCCGCCCAGUAGAUGCUCUGGUACCAUCUUCCCCAACAAAGAUUCCUGAUGCCGUCCAGCCUGAUCCCAAGGAGGACGAAGAGAAUCCAUUAUUGGGCACAAUUAGGGCCAAAUGUAUCACCCAACUGUUGCUGCUAGGUGCCAUUGAUAGUAUUCAGAAGAAAUACUGGAGUAAAUUGAAGGCUCCACAGAAGAUUGCUAUUAUGGACAUUUUACUUUCUGUUCUAGAGUUUGCUGCUUCAUAUAAUUCUUAUUCCAACCUCAGAAUGCGUAUGCAUCAUAUACCUCCAGAAAGGCCACCUCUGAAUCUUCUUCGUCAGGAAAUAGCAGGAACUUCCAUUUAUUUAGAUAUCUUACAGAAGACAACUUCCAGAUAUAGCACUGAUAGCAAGGGAUCCACAGAUAUUAAUGGUUCCCAUUCUGUUGAUGCAUCUUUUAUCAAUGAUCCAAGCAGUACUGAAAUUGCUGGUGCAGAAGAGAAGCUUAAGGGAAUGGCAGAAGAGAAAUUGAUAUCUUUCUGUGGGCAGAUAUUGAAGGAGGCAUCUGACCUCCAACCUAGCACUGGCGAUGCUGCCAGUGUGGACAUUCAUCGAGUUUUUGAGCUGCGAUCUCCAAUUAUUGUUAAGGUGCUUAAAGGGAUGUGCCUUAUGAAUGGCCAGAUAUUCAGAAGGCAUCUUAGAGAGUUCUAUCCAUUGAUCACGAAACUUGUGUGCUGUGAUCAGAUGGAUGUCCGUGGUGCUCUGGGGGAUCUCUUCAGCACGCAGCUGACUGCUCUAUUGCCUUAGGCGCUAUUCUUGCAUGCACCAUUGUUCAAUUUUCUGCAGGAAAGUGGUAUUCCUGCAUUUGCCCAGAUCGACAAUUCUUAGCAGAUCUAGACCAUAGCCAUUUUAAAUGUGCGGCAUGUGAGAUGUUUUCCCAUUAAUUCCUGGUUAGUUUGAGGGGAUUUGUUCCACAAGAGAAUCUCACGGGAAGAUAGUCGUCAAAAAGUGUGCUGAUUGGAAAUUUGUUGAUGUUAUGCAUGCACCCCUAAUAUGUUCGUUUGUUAUUUUACUGAGUCGAAAGAAAUUUCUCAAGAGCAUAUCAGCAGGAUCUUUAAUGAUGACACCGUUGAAGUAGCGAGUGGUGCACUUUAUCACCACUAACUGAGAACAAUUAGUGUGAAGGAUUUGAACUGCCAUUGAUUGGUUUCUGAUGGUCCUAGCAAAUUCACAGAAUGAAUCUUCAGUUUUGAGCAUACCCACCAGCAAUAUUGUUGCAUGCAUGCAUAUGGGCAAGUUCACUAACGCAGCAGUAAACUGGAGUGUAUUGUAUGGGCUUCAUCCCACAAGUUGAUGCUACGUUGUCCUAGGUUUUGAAAUAAAGCAAGCUGGUGAAUGCCAUGUAAUGAAUAGCCUUUCUUCCAAUACCAUCUCUGUUUUUGUCAAAGUGAUACUAUCAUACAAGAUGCCCAGGACGUAAGUUUUCUGUUGGUGCUUUCUGUUUCUACAAGCUUCUUAUUUUUUUGAGCAAAGAGCACGUAGAGUGACCAUUCCUAAAACAUGUAAAGACACAGAUUGGGUUGCCAGCAAGUAGUUUCUUGUUCUGUGGAGCAAUGCUGAAGGGAAGUGGAUUGUGCUCAUAUUCCUAUGA